CUAAUGUCCCAAGCUACUUUGUAUAAUUCAAUUUAAUAUUAGUGAGGUCUCUCAUUCAAAUACCGUGGGGAGCUACUAUUGUAUGAUUCACAUUAAUAACAUUAGACAAACUAGAACUGCAAUCUCAUUCAUUUGUUAAUUUUGAAUCACUAUUGUUCUCACCCACAUCCUACGUGCUGUAUUCAAUAUGAUAUAAAUAAGAUACUUGGCAUGCAAUAAAAUAAGCAUUACCAAAUCCUAACUUAAAUAUCACUUUCCUUCUUUCCUAUUAUGAACUCUGGAAACAUGCAAGACUUCUUCAAGGGAAAGACUGUUUUAGUGACCGGUGCAACUGGUUUCUUGGCAAAAGUUUUUGUUGAAAAGAUACUAAGGAUCCAACCUGAGAUACAAAAACUGUAUCUACUCCUAAGAGCUUCAAACUCUGAUAUGGCUGCACAUCGCUUGCAAAAUGAGGUUUUUGAAAUUGAUUUAUUUCGCGUACUACGAGCGGAGUUAAGUGAAGAUUUUAAUUCUUUCAUAUCAAAGAAGGUUGUAGCAAUAGCAGGAGAUGUUGCUAUUGAGAACUUGGGAAUAAAAGAUGAAAAACUUAAAAAUGAGAUAUUGGAAGAGAUUGACGUACUUGUCCAUUCUGCUGCAUCUACCAAAUUUGAUGACAGAUUUGACAUAUUGAUGGGUGUUAAUACAAAAGGAGCUUUACAUGCAUUGAACUUUGCAAAGAAUUGUCAAAAGCUAAAGGCUUUUGUCCACAUAUCCACGGCAUAUGUGUGCGGAAAUGCUAAGUAUGAAGAUGGAAUUGUUAGAGAGAAAGCAUUUGAGAUGGGUCAAUCUCUAAAAAAGACCUCAAAUUUAGACAUACACACAGAAAUGAAAUUGUUGGACAACAAAAUAGCAGAACUCCAAGCAAUGAAUGCAGAUGAAAAUACAAUGAAAUUUGCAUUGAAAGAUUACGGAAUGGAAAGGUUAAGCAAAUUUGCAUGGCCAAACACAUAUGUAUUCACAAAAGCAAUGGGAGAGAUGCUUUUAAUGCAUCAUAAAGAUAAUGUACCAUUGAUCAUUAUACGCUCUACCAUGGUAACUAGUACUAUCAAGGAUCCCUUUCCUGGUUGGAUUGAAGGUGUAAGAACUAUUGAUGGUGUGAUAUAUAACUAUGGUAUAGGGAAACUGAAAUCUUUUGUUGGUAAUCCCAAGACAAUUUUAGAUGUAAUACCUGCAGACAUGGUCAUUAAUUGUGUGAUUGCAGCUAUCUUUAUCCAUUCAAAACAACCUCCGAAGAAUUUCAUCUAUCAUGUUUCUUCAUCAUUAAGAAAUCCUCUCAAAUAUUGUGAUAUUAGCAAAUUUUGCCAUAGUUAUUUCAAGAAAACCCCUUGCAUAAAUCAAAAUGGAAAGCCAAUAGUUAUUUCUAAUCCAUGUCUGGUGAAUAGUUUUGUUGCUUUCGACAUUUAUAUUAAAGUCACACAUGUCUUACCACUGAAGGUCUUAAGUUUAGUGAACAAAAUAUGUCACCAUAGUUUCCAAGAUGUUUAUGAUAAGAAAAGUAGAAAACUUAGAAUGAUGCAUCGAUUGGCAACACUAUACAAACCAUAUGUCUAUUUUAUGUUCGUCUUUGACGAUAAAAACACAGAAAUUCUGAGGAUGGCAGCAAAGGGUGGUCCUAAGAUGGAUAAUGUAGAAUUAAACUUUGACCCCACUAUCAUUGACUGGAUAGAGUAUAUGAUGAAUAUACACAUUCCUGGCCUCGUCAAGUAUCAAAUGAAAUAGUCUUCAAAAUAGUUGUUUAUAUCUCUUAUUGUUCUAGAACUCAUAGUGUUUGAAUGAAACUAGAGUAUGAGUGUGUUGAUAUUGUGUAUAUUGAAUAAAUCACACAAAUGUUUAUUUUGUGUGAGUGUUGAAAUCUUGAGUGUGUGUUGUGUUGGAUGCUUUAGAGAUAUAUAA